AUGUCGAACGGAACCCCAUUUGUAGUUCCUUCACUUACGAAAGAAAAUUAUGAUAAUUGGUGCAUACGUAUGAGAGCUUUGCUUGGAGCCUAUGAGUGUUGGGACUCCGUGGAAAAAGGAGUCGACGAAAGUGAAGCGGCCGGGAGGAAAAAAGACCAAAAGGCGCUCACACUUAUCCAUCAAAGUUUGGAUGAGAAGAUGUUCGAGAAGGUUGCUGCGGCGACCACCUCCAAGCAAGCAUGGGAAAUUCUUCAAGCUUCAUUCAAAGGUGUAGACAAAGUGAAGAAGGUGCGUCUCCAAACAUUAAGAGGUGAAUUUGAGUCCCUCCACAUGAAGGAGUCCGAAUCCAUUUCGGAUUAUAUCUCAAGAGUCUUGGCCAUUACCAACCAAAUGAAGAGGUAUGGAGAAGAUGUGAAAGAUGAUCGAGUUGUGGGAAAAAUUCUUAGAUCGUUGGAUCCAAAAUUCAACUACAUCGUCGUUGUCAUUGAAGAGUCGAAGGACCUAGACACCAUGUCCGUUGAUGAACUUGCGGGUUCACUACAAGCUCAUGAAGAGAGAUUGAAGACGCCAACACAAGAAUCGGUGGAGAAAGCUUUGAAAGCAAAGCUAUCAAUCAAAGAGAAAGAGACUGACUCAGGACGAGGCCGUGGAGGUGCUCGUAGUCAUGGCGGCGGACGCGGAAGAGGAAGACAAGGACAUGAUUAUGCAAAUAAUAGGCAUAAUUACGACUCAACGAAAAACCAAGAAAGAGGUCGAGGUCGUGGACGUGGACGAGGUCGAGGCCCAAGAGGUGGAGGAUAUAGGCCGAAUCAAAGGCAUGACAAAUCCAGCAUCGAGUGUUUUAAUUGUCAUCGCUAUGGCCAUUACGCCUGGGAGUGUCAAAGUGACGUAGAGGAGAAAAGUACUCUCAUGGAGAGUAACAACAAUGAAGACGUGGAUCCCACUUUGCUUCUCGCAUGCAAAACAAAUUCGGAAGACGAGGAUAGCCGAUGGUAUCUUGACUCGGGAGCAAGUAGUCAUAUAUGCGGGAGACGAAAUUUAUUCUCAGAACUUGAUGAGUCCAUUGGUGGUGACAUAACUUUUGGAGAUUCUUCAAAAGUACAAGUAAAAGGAAAAGGUACGAUUUUGAUUCGCUUGAAAGACGGGAGUCACCAGUUUAUCUCAAAUGUCUUUUAUGUGUCGGAGAUGAAAAGCAAUAUUUUGAGUUUGGGACAACUUUUGGAGAAAAAUUAUGACAUUCAUCUAAAAGAUAGAAGUUUGACGAUGAGAGAUGAAGACGGAAGAUUGCUCGUUAAAGUCCCGAUGACGAAGAAUCGAAUGUUUUUUUUGAACAUUCAAAGUGAUGUCCCGAUGUGCUUGAAGUCUUGUUUUAAUGAUUCAUCUUGGCUAUGGCAUUUGAGGCUUGGACAUUUGAAUUUUGAUGAUCCUCCACCCCUACGGCCACAAUCAGCAGCAAAGGUCACAACCACCACCCAACACCGCCACUACUCGCCUCCAAUGCGAAACCAGAAGUCGAAGGCCCACAACCCCCCAACAGCGGCAUAA